GUUUUAGACAAUGGAGGAGUCUCGUACACCGAUUUCGGUGCACUUUAUGCCCUGAGAGCUCGUUGCCCUCGUGGACUUGAUGAGCUCCGCUUUCGCACGAGGCAGAGCAGAGGAGAGCAGCGGAGAGCAGUGCAGGAGUUUGCAGACGAGGGAGGCUGAAGAGUGUGGGGUGAAGAUGCCGACCCCGAAAGGAAAGGGCGAGAAAGGGCUCGUCGUUCAGACUCAUCUCAGCGCGUCGAUGUAUGAAGAGAGCUUCGAUUUGCUGAGCCCCUCGCGGGACUUCUCGGGCCAGUACACGCCCAUGUCCGAGCCCCGGUUCACGACGUCGCAGUCCUUGCCGCGAGCGGAGGCGAAAGCCAUGCCGCCCAAUCGAACGCAGUCCUCUCGAUUCGCCGACAGGAGGCUGUCUCCUGCUGCGUCCAUGGCCAGGUCGCCCACCAUGACGACCAUUGGCGGGCCGAAGGCGGGCUUGCUCGACGCGCAGGCUCUCGAGGAUGGGAAUCGCAACGUCGACCUCGCUUUCACCAAUAUGGGAUACGCGGAGGUGCCGGCCGAGAAGCCCCGCGAGCCUCCCGUCUACGACAUUCCCAACAGCAAGAGCUUCAAAAUGCGCAAGCUUAAGGAGCCGAGCUUGGAAGACGAGUGGAACGACAUCGUAGCCGAGAAGAAAAAUCGGUACAGGGAUUGCUGCUGCUGUGUGUUCAGCUCCGCCAUCGUGGUGCUCAUCGCCGCUGGCAUUGUCUUCACGACUAUGUAUUUCAUCCUCAAGCCUAGUCCGCCCACCAUUCAUGUGUUAAACUUGAACGUCACCGAUUUCCGGCUGUUGUCAUCGACGACGACGGACGGUGAGCCGCUGGUCGAAGCCAGCAUGACUUGCGUGGUGAGGAUCACCAACCCCAACAAGUUCUCGGUGUUUCAUCACAGGGCAUUGAAUGUGAGCUUGAAUUACAAGAGCGAAGUCUUGGGCCUCAUUUUGGUGCCAGGCUUCAAGCAGUCGGAGAAAAAUGUGACCGAUCUGUUCGUUACGGUGCCCAAGUCCGUGGCCAAGAUUACGGAUCAGGUGGACGCCAUUAAUUUGCUCCAGGAGGUGAACGAGUCUAAUGUGAGGCUGGAGGUCAGAGGUUCGGCCGAGGGACAUUACAGAAUUUUGGGAAUUAACGUGAAGAAGCUCGAUGCUCCAUUGCUGUGCAAGCUCAGUGUGAAGCCGGAAAACGAGGAUAGCGCCGCCCAAAUCAUUUCCAGUAGUUGCUUCAAUCCUGCCUGAUCGUUUCAAGCAUCACAAGGUUUCAGAAUCAAAGUGCACAUUCUACAAGUAGUUGGUUAGGGUGUUGAUGGAAUUGGGUAGCGCUGCAAGACAUCUAUCGAGCACUGGAGCAUCUUGCAUGGUAGACUUACAAGGCGACACAUAGGCAUUCUAUUUAAGUAGAAUUUUUUUUUGGCGCGCCUGCAUGGAGACUAGUCCCAUCUUCCCGCUUUCAGAAUAGGGUCAGUUCCAGAAUAGAAUCCGCAUGCUCGUCCACGACAUGGCAGGGUCGAGAGGAAAUUUCAGCGAGGAACACAUUUUUCUUUGUACAGAGUGACUGGCCGACUGAGUUGAUCUCGAGUCCUCCCACGACUGCGACGGUCUGCGGAAUGUGUGAGAAGCAAUACAAUCCUGAAAGGAAGGAUUUCCAUAUCCAGUAAUUUGCUGCUUUGCUUAUUACGAUAUGUAAGUACAUAUUUAGAGUCAAAUUUCCCAACUGUACAUAAUAAAGCAAUGGAACAAAGCCAUGGCUCCUC